UCACAUUUCAUAGGGAAUUGAUUGGGGCUAGGCAAUUACAAAAGUAUGUAAUAAGAAAGAAAUUAUCAAAUGAAUAUGUUUAAAUGAUGAAUACUUUGUACUAAGUUGAAAAGUUCACGCAUUUAUUUGCUCUUUAUCUUCAAAAUGUCUUACCGAUUUAAACCAUCGGAACUACAGCAUUUCAACUGGAUGUUUAACUUAGCACCUUGUUUUCCUGUUAAUGCCUCUAAAAUAAAUAUUAUAACUGAGCCUAGUAAGUUUUACGAUGUGCUUUGCGAGAGAUUCCAUAAUGCAAAGCGUAGGAUAUCCAUGGCUAGUUUAUACAUCGGUAUUGGGGAUUUAGAGAAGAAGUUAUUAGAGGUUACUAUGGACAAUGUUAAGGUUGCAAAAGAUUUGAACUUCAAAGUCUUACUAGACAAUCAACGAGGUACUCGAGGUGAAGUUAACUCGCAAACUUUAUUUCGGCAAUUCACAAACGGUUUUUCCGACAGAUGCCAUUUAUCACUGUACCAAACUCCAAGACUUCAGGGUGUUUGGUCUAAAGUCCUUCCCUCUCGAUAUAAUGAGAUUGUAGGGCUUCAACAUAUGAAGUUAUAUAUCACUGAUGAUUCGGUUAUAUUGAGUGGAGCAAACUGCUCCGAUGACUAUUUUAAUCAACGGCAAGACAGAUACAUAGAGAUUGUGGAUGAUGAUUUAUCAAAUUUUUACUGUGAAAUAAUAGAUGAGGUUGUUAAAUAUAGCAAGCAAGAUGGUAAAGUAAGUAAUGUUAUAUCUCAAGACAAAAAUGUAAUUGUGAAGGAGCUUAGUCAAAGUAUUUCCAGUAUAAUCAAAAGAUGGAAAGACAGCCAAACAGCUAAAUUACAAUCUUUGGACAAAUCAGCAUUAGAAUAUGAUACUUGGGUGUUUCCCUUAUUGCAAAUGGGAGAAUUCAAUAUAACACAAGAUGAGCAGGCAACAUGCAGAAUUUUAUCAUCAGUACCAAGAGGCUCUUACUUUCGACUCGCAACUGGUUAUUUCAAUUUAACUGAGAAUUAUGCAAAUAUUCUACUUAAAGAUUGCAAAGCUAGUAUUAGCCUUCUUAUGGCACAUCCGAAUGCUAAUGGCUUCAUGGGUGCUGCAGGGCCAGCUGGCGGUAUUCCACAUGCAUACUCUUUAAUAGCAAGACAGUUUUGGCAAAAAGUGAUAAAUUAUAAUCAGCCAAGCAGAGUACAGAUGUUGGAAUAUGAACGGAGAGGCUGGACAUUUCAUGCUAAGGGUCUUUGGUAUUAUCCGCCCGGCAGCAGUGUCCCAUGGGCGACUGUGGUUGGUUCUGCUAAUUUAGGAGAGCGAUCAGUUCGCAGAGACCUAGAGGCGCAGGCAGCUAUACUUACAUCCUCACUUGAUUUACAGAAAAGACUGCACGAUGAAUGUUCAAGGCUUCACGAUCACGCGUCCGAAUGCAGUAGUGAGUUACUACAACGAAAAACGCCGAUUUGGGUGCGGGCUACCGUAGGACUGUUCAGAACUUACUUCUAGGAUAGUUGAAGAAUUGUUACUGAAAAACGCUUAAAAGUCUAUUGAAACUUACAGGGUCAGGGCCGAUAGCACGAUAGAAAACAUACUAUUCUUGAGGGAUAUGCUAUCAGCUAUUUGUGUAAAUUUCAGUUAAUCGGGGUCAGAUUAAUUAUAAGUUUUGGUUCUAGGAUGUACACAAGCCAUAAGUUGUUAGAACUAGGGGCUAGGGCUCUUAUGGUUUGUCGACCUAAUAAUUAUAAUCGUAACCACAAUUUCUGACGUAAACAGUUACAGGCCAAUAAGUAUCAAAGUUUACGUCACAAAUUUUUUGAUUUGAUUUCAAAACCAUAUAAAAAAGGUCGCCUGUAUGCGGAAUUUACCCAAAUGUAAGCGAGUUAUGAAAGAAGUCGAUUGAGGAAAAUACUGUAAAAAUUUGGAUGCAUUCUUCUGGAUGCAAAAUUUCGGAAUUCCAACCCUUCGGACCAAAAAGAAUCCUUGUUGCGCUAUACAAAUAAGUGUGCACGAGGUCAUAAAAAUGGUCCCCAAGUUAUUUUGACAUAUCCUGAUUAAACACUGAAAGAGCCCUGAUCCUGGUGUCUAGACUCCUAGAACCUCUAUAACGACAGUAUUAAGGCAUUAAAGUUACCAUAUUAUGUAAUCACUUAACAAGACUAUUCGAAAAGGGGUUCUAUAGAAUAAUUAUUAAAUUUCAUGAUUAUAGUAAAUAUUCAUAUAUAAACAACUAUCAACCCUAUAUUAAUUACUCUAUACAACGUGUAAAUGAAAACCGAAAUAAUACUUCACAGGGCUCAGAGGUACAUUAUGUAGUCUCUGAGAAUUAUUUGUGAAACCGAAAACCUUAUAGUUUUUGAGUUAACAACGGUCUUAGUUUUUACUUUAAGAAAUCAGACACAGACCUAACAUCACAUGCAUAAUUGAAAUCAUGUGACUCAAUUUAUUAGGUACGCGUUCCG